UUGUUUAACCGUCAAAUAUCAUUUCCCGAAAGAUAAUUAUAUUUGAUGAAUAUCAUAUUAAAGUGUUUCAAAAACGUGUGAACGAUACAAUAGGCUUGCGGUAUGGAAUAUAAGGGCAUAUAUGAGGCAUUUUAAAAUUAAAAUGUCAUACAUAAUGCAGACAACUAUUAAGUACUCGAAACAGCUCUUCACAUGGUAUAUUAUACAUUUCAUUAGUUUAAAGAUCCGAACAACAAGUAUUGUCAGUGAUGUCAAGGACCACUUAAGUAGUCAAUAAAAGUGAAAUUAAAGGCAAAAUGUGUUAGAAGGGAUAUUAUCAUGUUAUUAGUACGAUAUACGUCAAUGGAUGAUGUUUAUUCGUGCAUUUGAGAGAUGAAUUGUGAUAAUCGGUGAUUUAAUUACACUACUGUGAUAUAUGAUCAUAAAAGGUUAUGAUUAACAAACUUACACUGUAAUAGUGAUGUUAUUCUAGUGUGAAAUCAUAAAGAAAUAAAUAUGCAGCAAAAUGUAACUUUGCGAUUGCAAACUUUUCUUAAAAUAUUUUCGCAUUCUGGUGUAUAGACUUGUGAAUUUUAAUAUACCUCAUAACUAUCUGGCUGAUUUUUUAUGACAAAUUAUAUGCAUAUGCACGCGUGUGCUGUAAAUGUCAUAGAAAGUGUAUUAAUUCAUUUGAAUCUACUUUAAUUGUGCAAUAAUUUAAUGGACUUAUUCUUUCAUCUAAUGUUAGGAUUAUAUACUACACAAGAUGAGGACAUCGUAUGAAUGGAGACAAAUUCCAAAGAUUUGCCAAAUGUAACAGCCUUGAACCCAUCUCUGAUGACGUCAAUCAAAUUUCCAUAGUAACCAGUGGAGAUAACGUCUUCAUUAACGGAGAAGCUGUGAACAGUCGCGUUGAAACUGACUUGUUUUGUAACAACGGCACAAAAUACACGAUGGAUAAAAAUAACGACCGUAUGAAUAAUAACGAGAAAGGCGGAUUUCUCUUUAAGAAGCAGACUAGCAAGGAGGGUUAUGGACUGGCUGCUAUUAUGAGAGGCGAAUCUAUCGAUGAGAAACGGAAAAAGCUGCGAUCUGCAAGUAAGAUGUCGACACUCUUUGAGGAGUACUCCCUGUCCAAAAUAAGGGCAUCGUUCAAGGAACUUGAGAUUGAGGACAUGUACCAGAAGUAUUGUCUACAGAUGAGGCGGUCUUUGGUUUUUGUUUUGCUCGUGAUUAUCACGUGCAUCAUUAUAUCACUUCUGAUUCUUCAUCUAGCGGAAAAUAAGGUUGUUAGAGAUGGAUCGCCAGAAGCUGCGUUUAUUGUUCUAUGUGCCGGCCUCCUAAUAACAGGCCUCUUCUUUCCCCUAGUCAUUGUACGGAAAUUCUACAAGAAAGCUCCGAGUGUUAUCUCCGCGGGAAUAUGGGUGGAUAUGUUACUCAUUAUAAAUACAUAUAUGGGUGUGAUGCAAAAGACGUCAUCUAGUGACGAUUUACCCGCUGUGUUUUUUGUGAUAAUAGUGCUAUAUACAAUGUUACCAUUGCCAAAGAAAAUUUCAGUGGUUUUUGGUGUAAUAAGUAUGACAAUACAGUUACUUAUGGCAGGAUUUUUAUCAGAUUUGAACAGAGAUAAUCUAGUCUUCCAGCUGUUGUCCAACUUUGUGCUUUUAACUGGUGCAAAUUUGAUUGGAAUUUACCAUAAGUAUUUAACAGACAUUACUCACAGACAUACAUUCCUAGAGGCAAGGAAAUCUAUUGAGUCCAUGGUCAAACUUGAAAAAGAGAAAAAGGAACAGGAGGAGUUACUGACAAGUUGUAUACCCAAAGAUUUAAUGAACUCUAUGAAAGAAGAUCUCACCAAGAAGAUGAUGAGCAAAAUUCCAAAGAUUACACCAUUUCAUGAUCUCUAUGUUAAACACCAUAGUAAUGUCAGUAUACUGUAUGCAGAUAUUGUGAACUUCACCCCACUUGCUGCAGAGUGUACAGCUCAGGAGCUUGUCAAAAUGUUGAAUGAACUGUUUGGGAGAUUUGAUCAACUAGCAGAGAAGAACAACUGUAUGAGGAUCAAGAUUUUGGGUGAUUGUUACUAUUGUGUUUCUGGUUUGCCAACAGAGACAGAGAAACAUGCCGUCAACUGUGUCAAAAUGGGUCUCAAAAUGAUAGAGGCAAUUAGGAAUGUUAGGGAAGCUACUGGGGUAGAGGUUGACAUGAGAAUUGGAGUGCACUCAGGGACUGUACUGUGUGGUGUGCUGGGCCUCAAGAAGUGGCAGUUUGAUGUCUGGUCAGACGAUGUCACCAUUGCUAAUCACAUGGAGUCAGGAGGGGUUCCUGGACGUGUUCAUAUCUCCAAAGCAACUCUUUCAUAUCUCCACGAGGAAUUUCAAGUGGAACCUGGUGAUGGGUACAAACGUGACUCCUUAUUGAACAGCAGGGACAUAACCACAUUUCUGAUAGUUCCAGUUGAGAAAAGGAAAAAGAAAGUUACUAUCAAUGUAGAAGAGAUGGAAGGAAAGCCAAUCCGGUCCCGUUUUCAGAGCAAUACUCGAGCAUCUGUCCGUGUGUCUCAAUAUUUGGAAAGCUGGGGCAUUGAUAAACCAUUCUCAAAUCUUCAAGUGAGCAACAUGGCCACAAAACUCCUUAGUGUUACGAGUUUAGCAUUUUUAGACUCGAAUUUGGCCAUGAAUCCUGCAGGAUCAGGAAAAGAUAAUCAAAGCAGUGCUGCUUCUUUGACAAAACAUUUCAACAAUGAAGUGAAUAAAACCCUAGCCAGGAAAUCACAAGAUCUUGGCUUCUCAAGUUUCUGGUCUGGUACUGGUGGACAAGGUGAAUUUCAGUCGAAGAUGUUACUAUUUACUGAUAUUGAUGUAGAGCAAGACUACAUACAGCGUAUAGAUCCUGCCUUCAAAUUCUGUGCAUUAUGUGCAGCAGUAUUAUUUUCCUGUGUAGGAAUUGUCCAACUUCUAAUUAUGCCAAGAGCAGCAUCUGUGAUAGUUAUAUUUGUAUUGGGAGAGUUGUUCUUCAUCAUCCAAGGCUUCAUGUGCUUUGCUGACAGGCUCAUGAGGGUAUCAAAAUGCACGCAGCCGUUAACGAAGGUGUCAGAAUAUAUUUUAGACAAACAUUGGUUACGGACCAUCCUAGCUUUCAUCUGUGUAUUGUUCACAGCUAUCAUGUCAACUAUAGGCCUAGCAGGAUGUAGAGAGAUCAUUGAAACCUCCAGCACCAACAGUAGCAACACUAGUCAGCUUUCACAUGAUCUCAUUGAUGAAUGCAGUUAUCCUAUGUAUACCGUUGUGUGCAGCCUGUGUGUCCUCAUCUGCAAUUUGAUAUUUUUGAACGUUGCAUUCUUUAUCAAGUUGUUACUCAGCGUGACCAUCUUCAUUGUAUAUAACGUCAUCUUCCAUGUGGGGAAAGACACAAUUCUCCCAGAAUCCUACUCUACUGCAAGGUAUUUUGCCUCAAUGAGUGUUGGUGAUCAGGCCUCCAUGUAUUUGACAAUAUUGUUGGUGACAAUCGUCAUACUGGACAGACAGGUUGAGUGUACAAAUCGUUUGGACUUUAUUUGGCGGAGACAGUGUCAGACGGAGGAAGAGGAAGUGAAAACUACCGGUGCGCUGAAUAAGAUGUUACUUGAGAAUAUCCUGCCAGUGCACGUGGCUGAGUACUUCCUUGGAAACACUAGAAAAGAGUUAUACUACAGCGAGUCCUACGAGUAUGUGGCUGUGAUGUUUGCUUCUAUACCAAACUUUAAGGAGUUUUACCAGCAGAACAGCGCUAAUAAACAUGGCCUAGAAUGUAUUAGAGUCCUGAAUGAGAUCAUUGCUGACUUCGAUCAGUUAUUAUCACGAGCUCGUUUCCGUGGUGUUGAGAAGAUCAAGACAAUAGGAAGUACAUACAUGGCUGCCACUGGUCUACAACCUGGCAGGGAAAAGUCUGAGGACCCGGAACAAAGGGAGAAGAAUGUUGUCACCAUGACAGGCUUCGCUUUUGCUAUGAUUAAAUUCUUAGAUGACAUCAACUAUAAUUCUUACAACCAGUUCCAUCUCAGAAUCGGGAUCAACCAUGGACCUGUUAUGGCUGGAGUGAUAGGGGCAAGGAAACCCCAGUAUGAUAUCUGGGGAGACACAGUGAAUGUUUCCAGUAGAAUGGAAACCUCAGGAAAGGAGGGAAAAGUACAGGUGCCUGAAGAAACAGCUGAGAUUUUAAAAAGACAUAAUUUUAAGUGGGAAUACAGAGGUGUUAUAAAAGUAAAAGGCAAAGAACCAAUGACAACAUACUUCAUUACCGGCAUACCAGAUGAUAACGAUCCAUUAGUUACUUCCCCUGUCAAGAUUAAUGACUCCGCAGUUAUUUCCCAUGAUCAAGUAAAUGUUGAGAAUGUAACAGAGGUAUCUGAAGAACAUAUUCUUCCUGCUGGUAAGGAAAGAAAGCCGCUUGGAGAACGAAAAUCUGACUCCAUACUUUCGCAAAGUGGAUCAUUCUUUAUUGAGAAAGGUCUUUAUGAGCAGAAAAAUCAAGUGUGUUACAAACCAAAUAAUGUUUCAACUGCAAGUUUAUCACUGAGUAGACAGAGUAUAGAUGAGGAGGAGGAAGAUAAUUAUGUUGAAGACGAUGAAGAUGAAGUGGAUGUGGUUUUUGAUGUGAAUAAUGCUGAUGAAAAUGCAUCAGAAGAUGAGAAAGAAAGUGAAAUGGAAAAGCAAGGUGAUUUGGAAAUAGAUGAAGAAAGUGAGAGUGAUGAUAAACAUGUGGUUGAUUUUAAUGCAAUUGAAAAUGCACCAGGAAACAAAACAGGGAAUGCUGUUGUUAAUGAAAGUGGUAAGACAGUAAAUGAACAAGGGAGAAAUGAUGAUAAACAUUUUGAAGAAACAGUAGUAUUUAUUGAAUCAGAAAUAGGAAGUGAUAAGAAUAAACAGGAAAAGAAUAAGGCUGAAGAUGUGAAUGUUUCUGAACAAUGUGAUGGUGGAAUUGAAAGUAAACAAAACUCAUCUAAAGCACAUAAACAAGAUAAGGCCAAGUUUAAUACUGAAAUUACUACUAAUGGAGAAGUUGAAAAGAAAAAUAUAACAAAUGCCAAAUGUGAAGUUGAAAACAGUGAACAGUUUACUUGUGAAGAAGAUGAAAAAUUAACAGUUAAUGGAGAUCAUUUGCAGCAAGAACCAAAUGAAACUUUAAGCUCUGAGGAAAAAAGAACUAAAAUUUCUGAACCCAGUGAACCUGUAAUAAUCAGUGAACUUAAGGCUAAUGGUGCAUCAGAAGUAAAUUUGGAAGUAAAUAAAUGUAUAAUUCAUGUAAAAUAUGAAAGAGACAGCAAAGUAUUGGAAAAGUUAGAAAAGCCUGUACAAAUUGUGAAUGGUUGUAUAUCUGUGAAAAACUCAGAGAUGUCAUGACAGCUUUGAGUAUGCAGAUGAACCUUGACAACAUAUUCAAAUGCAGGGCUAUACAUAGAUACAACAGAAACGUUAUUGGGUAUUUGUUUAUUAAAAAAUGCCAAUAUGUUCAUUUUCUUCGGAGUUUUCUCUGAUUUUAUUAGCAUUUUAAUACUCUGGAUGUCAUUUGUUAAAUGUUGGCAUGUUUAUUAAUGUUAGAUUUUUUAUCUAGUCUGUUUUUAACUAUUCAAUUCUGUAUAAUAAUAUGUCUAACAGUUCUGAACUUCUUUGUAUUUUAUUACUGGUAACCGUAGCAGUUUAAAUUUGUUCUUAAAGAUGUAUCACUUUAAAUCAUUAUAGAACAUUAGAAAAAAAAAAUCAGUUUUAAGGUGGAUUUUACUAACAUUUUUAUAAAAUGUCUAAAACUGUGGAUAGUUGGUUCAAACAUUAUUACACACUUGAGGAGAAAUAUUUCUGUUGAUAAUUAAGGAUGGCAAGGGUUUUAGAAAAAUAAAUCAUUUUAAAAUAAAGCAUAUUAUGACUGAAAAGUAUAAUUUUCUCUUUAUGUUUAGAAAUAUUGGGGAAACAUUUUGUGCCAACUACAGAGUUAAUCACUUGAAUGUAGAGGGCCUCAGUCAUUUCCAUAUCUAUUGUUUGUGAAGAAUGACAUGUGUACCGGUACCUUAGAAUUUUUCAAAGAUAUUUUUCCCCUGGAUUUUGGGUUAAAAUCAUGGGUGCAUUUAUACACAUGUGCGCAUUAUACAUACGUAUCUAUGGUAUUAAAGAUAUUUUAAAAGAAAUAUAAUCACACAGAAAAAUGCACCAGGAUCUUUUACCUGACUUUUAUAAUGUCUUUAUAUCUUGAAACAUUCCUUUAAAUAAAAUUAAUUUAAUCAUGUUAACAGGUGUAUGAAGUAUUUUGUCAGUUGAAUCUUUUCAUUACAAUACUCACUAAUGGGAGGAUAGAUUUACAAUGUGUUGCUAUAGUUAUGUUUCAUAUGUUCAUUGUUUCCAUGGCUCCAUGUUCUUUGCUAUUUUCAGUAAAAAAAAAAGUCUGAUAUAGAGGAUAUUUGUUUGUUUCAGUGCAAGAUUGAAAUUUAUUACAUACUAGAGCAAAUAUACUUCAUAUUUUCACACUGAAAAAUAUUAGAUAUAUUUUUCACAGGUAAGAAACUAUAAAAUGGAUAAAUUUAGUCAAGACAUGAAAUUGAAACAAAAUUUGUUUGUUUUACAUGUAAGUCUAAUAUAUCUUUCGCUCAUGAACACCAUAUCUUACAUUUUCACUUGUGGCUAUGCCCCUGGCAAAAAUAUUGCAUCUGGUGUUCACUCCUGAAAGAUAUUUUAAUCUUGCACCAAAACGAACAAAUGUCCUCUAUUUUGUCUUUGCUUUUUUUGGUAAAAAGUCACAUACAAGACUAUCAUGUCACUCGCAAGGAUUAUAUACCGUAAUGUAAACCAUGACAUAUAAGUUGAAUGUCAUUUACAAAUACAUCAUGACGUUUGAGUUUAAACAAUAUCAUUUUCAAGUGAAUAAAUAGUCACGCAGUUAGCCUAAUAAAUAUUUCAUAUGAUAGAUAUGUAAAAAUAUAUAGCCUUUUUUUACAUUUCAUUUUUGUGAAUGAGUGGGUAUAUAUUCAUCAUGUUCAUUAUUUAGCAUGUGUUUUUGGUAUGUUAUUUUCAUAAUUAUUAUAUCAAUAUGAUAUGUUACUUGUGUCCGAGCCAGUUUAAGUCCUCGUCUUUCUCCUAGUUUAGAGAUUUUUUGUUAGCAAACGCAAAAAAUUCCUGGGAUUGUUUGUAAAUAUAUAAAGAUGUAUAUAGAUGUCAACAGAUUAUUCUAGUCAAAGAUAUAGCAUCAAACAGUCUCGCAUACCCACUAUUGUAGGUUCAGCUUUAUCUUUAAUCUACGCUUUAACCCAUUCCAUGCUGGGCACGAUUGAUUCUGCCUUUGCGACUAGUGCAGAUCAUGAUCAGCCUGCACAUCCGUGCAAUCUGAUCAAGAUCUGCACAGUUCGCCAUUCAGUCAGUAUCUUUUUUGGUAAGCACCCCUUUUAACAGUUCAUAAUUUUAGAUUAUUAUGUCUCCCCCAGGAGACAUAUUGUUUUUGCCCUGUCCGUCCAUCCGUCCUUCCGUCCGUCCGUGCGUCACACUUCAUUUCCGAGCAAUAACUGGAGAACCAUUUGACCUAGAACCUUCAAACUUCAUAGGGUUGUAGGGCUGCUGGAGUAGACGGCCCCUAUUGUUUUUGGGGUCACUCCGUCAAAGGUCAAGGUCACAGGGGCCUGAACAUUGAAAACCAUUUCCGAUCAAUAACUAGAGAACCACUUGACCCAGAAUGUUGAAACUUCAUAGGAUGAUUGGUCAUGAAGAGUAGAAGACCCCUAUUGAUUUUGGGGCCACUCCGUCAAAGGUCAAGGUCACAGGGGCCUGAACAUUGAAAACCAUUUCCGAUCAAUAACUAGAGAACCACUUGACCCAGAAUGUUGAAACUUCUUAGGAUGAUUGGUCAUGAAGAGUAGAUGACCCCUAUUGAUUUUGGGGUCACUCCGUCAAAGGUCAAGGUCACAGGGGCCUGAACAUUGAAAACCAUUUCCGAUCAAUAACUAGAGAACCAUUUGACCUAGAACCUUCAAACUUCAUAGGGUUGUAGGGCUGCUGGAGUAGACUACCCCUAUUGUUUUUGGGGUCACUCCGUCAAAGGUCAAGGUCACAGGGGCCUAAACAUUGAAAACCAUUUCCGAUCAAUAACUAGAGAACCACUUGACCCAGAAUGUUGAAACUUCAUAGGAUGAUUGGUCAUGAAGAGUAGAUGACCCCUAUUGAUUUUGGGGUCACUCCUUCAAAGGUCAAGGUCACAGGGGCCUGAACAUUGAAAACCAUUUCCAGUCAGUAACUUUAGAACCACUUGACCCAGAAUGUUGAAACUUAAUAGGAUGAUUGGUCAUGCAGAGUAGAUGACCCCUAACGAUUAUGGGGUCACUCUGUGAAAGGUCAAGGUCACAGGGGCCCGAACAUUGAAAACCAUUUCUGGUCAGUAACUUGAGAACCACUUGACCCAGAAUGAUGAAACUUCAUAGGAUGAUUGGUCAUGCAGAGUAGAUGACCCCUAACGAUUUUAGGGUCACUCUGUUAAAUGUCAUGGCCACAGGGGCCUGAACAUGGAAAACCAUUUCCAAUCAAUAACUUGAGAACUUCUCGACCCAGAAUGUUGAAACUUCAUAGGAUGAUUGUUCAUGCAGAAUAAAUGACCCCUAUUGUUUUUGGGGCCACUCCGUUAAAGGUCAAGGUCACAGGGGCCUGAACAUUGAUAACCAGUUCUGAUCAAUAACUUGAGAACCACUUGACCCAGAAUGUUGAAACUUCAAAGGAUGAUUGAACAUGCAGAGUAGAUGACCCCUAUUGAUUUUGGGGUCAUCUGUUAAAGGUCAAGGUCACAGUGGCCUGUUCAUGUAAAAUCAUUUUUUGGAAAUAACUUGAGGACCACUUGACCUACAAUGUUGAAACUUAAUAGGAUGAUUGGACAUGCAGAGUAGAUGACCCCUAUUUAUUUUGAGGUCACUUGAUCAAAGGUCAAGGUCACAGGAGCCUGAACAGUGACUGGAGAACCACUAGGCCAAGAGUGUUGAAAUUUAGCGGGAUGACUGGACAUGCCAAGUAGAUGAUCCCUAUUGCAGCCAACCAUCAGUGUCUCUUUGAUUUUUGCUCCUGACCCCUAUUGACUUCUUGCCUAUAGGACUUUGCAUUGGGGGAAUUUUACAAAAAAUUUUACAAAAGCAUUUUCUAGUCUUUAAAUUACUUUGGUGCAACUGGCCUUGAUUUUGGUAUAGAUAUGAAAUCUCUCUGGAGUAUGCAUCCUUCUAUCUUGGUCUGAGGUUUUGCUGCCAUGAUUUAAUAAAUGUUAUUUUUUUAUAAGUUAUAUUUCCAGCAUCGAAGGGAGAUAAAAAGUGAAAGAUAGUUGAAGCUGGACUAGUGUUAAAGAUGCACCACAAAAUAACUGUAUUCUUUUGUAUUUCCAUGAUGGUAAUUAUACAUGAUUUGCCCUGGGAAAAAAAGAAAUAUACAAGUAUUUAGUUACAAAUGUUUUUGGCCAAGACAGUGUUUGUAAUGUCUUAACAUUUUAUUGAAUUACUGUAGCAAACUAGCAAUAUGUACAGAAAUCAAGUGUAUUUAGUCAAAUUUCAAUCACAUUUUGUUUCUACAGUGUAAAAUAGUUAUUCAUCUAUAUUUUUGUACCCACCCGACAAUAAAGUUGUAAGGGGGGUAUACUGGUUUCAGGUUGUCUGUCUGCCCGUAGACAUUGUACAAUCUUGUGCGCACCAUCUCUCCUCAUCCCCUUGACACAGUUUAAUGAAACUUCACACAAGUGAUCAGUAACAACAGUAUUUGUGCAUGGGGCAUGUUAGGUUCUUUCAGAAAAAAAAAUUGCAGAGUUACAGGACUUUGUUUUUUGUUACUAUACUAUAUACAUAGACACAAUCUUGUGCACACCAUCUCUCCUCAUCCCCUUGACACAAUUUAAUGAAACUUCACACAAGUGAUCAGUAACAACUGUUACAGUAGUUGUGCUUGGGGCAUGUUAGGUUCUUUCAACAACAAAAAUUGCAGAGUUAUGGGACUUUGUUUCUUGUUAGUAUACUAUGUACAUACAGUCUGCAUUAUGCAAUCUUGUGCGCGCCUAAUCUUCCGAACUCUUGCACACAAUUUAAUGAAACUUCACCCAAGUGAUCAGUACCAACCCUAGCUGUGCAUGUUACGUUCUUUUAGAUAAAUAUUCUGCAUAGUUAUGGGACUUUGUUUUUUGUUACUAUACUGUAUACAUAAAGUCUAUAUACAUACAGUCCACAUAAUUAUGCAAUCUUGUGUGCGUCAGAUUGCAAUGUACUGUGUCAGUGCAUGCGGGGGGUACAUUCAUCACCUUUAGUGAUAGCUCUAGUUGAAACUAUGCUGAAAAGAGAUUGACUGAAUAAGUAUGCAGAUGAAGUUGUAAAUAAAAUCUGUAAAAAGAUCCCUUUGAAGCAUAGAAUGCAACCAAAAAAAAUAGUAGCAGACACGGUUUGAUCAAGUGGUUUUAUAAGUGGUAAUAAAAUGUGCAACACCUCCCACACCCCCUAGAACCGGCUUAAGCAGAACUCUAUUACAUAUCUAUUGAAUGGACUCCAUGAUCCCAAAGGACCAGAAAAUAUAAAAACACUGAAUCCAAGUACGGGGAGACUUUUUACAGCCACAUGGCACUUAAAGAUUGCUGUUGUGAUAGUAAACACAUUUAUUCAGGAAGGGCCUAAAUUGUCCACCUGAAAACUUGUAGUAUAGCUGUACAUUACUUGUAUUAUAAGAAUGAGUUUUUGUGGGUGAAGUAAGUAGGUCACUAGGUUGUGGUGGGUCUUUAAGGAGAUUUUUUUAGCUGUUUUCUUAGUGAUCACCCAUAUAACAACAAAUUCUGAGAGCACAAAUUCAUAUUUUUCAUGACAUCAUAUGGUUAUAAUCUAUCAGUUUUAAUGAUAUGGCAUUUGUUCUUUAAAGGCAUUAUUCUGUUUGAAUCACUUUUGUAUUUUAUCACUCUUACUAAAACAAUAUUUUAAUGUUGAAUAACUCAAACAUGUAUAAUACCUAGUCAUCUAAAUGUUUAAUACCUCUUUACAUUUUGAUCUAACCAGUAAUUUACUCAUAAAAUGUUUCUCCAAGCAGAAAAAAAAAAUCUUUUAAAGGACUGUUUUUGUAUUUUUAUUAACUGCAAACUUAAAGAGUGUAGAAUGGGCUUGACUAAAUUUUGAAUAGUUUUCUUUGCCGCAUUCAGUGCAAUAUAAUCUCCUUUGCUCCAGACAUGUGAUUCUAGUCGCACUGUUUAUGUCUCUUUCUCUGUUCUUUAAUUUUUUUACUUUUUUUUAAACGAUUUUGUAAAAUUAUUAUACUUUCUUAUUACUUCUAUUAGUUUUAGAAUAGGAAACUGAUAAAUGUUAUUUUUUUCUAACAGAAAUAAUGACAUUAACAUUUAUUCACAAUAUUUUGCAAUUAAAGGGAGCAAUAUCAUUUGGAGCAUUGUAAGUGUUGGCUAUGCAAGAUUUUAGUAACAUACGUAGUAAUUUGUUUUUAAUUCUAAAAUAACAUGUUGGGAUGUAGCUGUUCUGAGAUGAACGUUUUUUUUUGUCAUUUGUUGUACUUCUAUUAUUUUAUGAUAUUUCUUUAACUAAAAACAAGUACCGGUAAUGUUUGUAUUAGUACUAGUGUAAAAGCCAUGACACAGUCUGCUUUAUUUUGUUAUCUUUGAUAUUUCCAUAGUUUUACUACCAGUCUAAAUCUCUGUUUCAUUUACAAAAGCAGUGACUAGGGUUCCGGUAACCAGACCACUAGACCUGAAGUCUAGAGGUUCAGUUACCGGAUCCUUAGACAACUGUGUAAGGCUGUCUAGAGGUCCGGUAAUCAAUAUGAAUACUUGAAUGGUAUUUGCAGAGAGGAAACUUCCAUUUAUCUAGCAAAAACAGCUAGGUGAUGAUUAAAAGGAUUUUGCUUU